AUGUCUGAUCAAGAGAAGAAUGCUUCUGCAAACUCUCCAGUUGGAUCUAAUCAGUCUAACUUUGAUAAAGAUUUAUCAGAUGUUUCUGCGUCUGAGUCCGAGUUGGGUGGUGAUGAUACAAAGUCUUUGAAGUUUGGACAAACUUUGAUGGAUGAUAAAGAGUUAGAUUGGAUGGUGACUAAUGGGAUGGUGGAGAGGGCAUCUGUUCGUUUGCCUGUAAAUGAAGUAAUUUCUGAUCCAAAACCUUAUGAAUGUGUGGUUUUUUGGGAUCAAUUUGCAGCUGGACUUCGUUUGCCAUGUCAAGACUUUCUUGAAGAACUUUUGAAGGCAUAUAAUAUAGAAAUGCAUCAUUUGACUCCUAAUGAAUUAGCGAAGAUUGCUCUUUUUAUUUGGGCAGUGAAGUGUCAAGAUGUAAACAUGGACAUCAGGGCUGUUUGUGCUCUUCAUGAGAUGCAUACUCAGUUUAGGAAUAAGCCUGUGGAUGGGAAAACUGUUAUUAAAUACUUUGGUUGUUGUAGUUUUAAACCUGCUCGAGGUGCUAAACAAAUUUCUCCUGCUUCCAAGAAUAACUGGGUUGAAAAUUGGUACCGAAGGAAAAAAGAUUUGAUGGACAAAAUUCUUGGAAAAGAAUAUAAGCGUUUGAAUAGAAUUUUUGAAAUUGCCCAAAUCAAAUAUGAUGAAAGACCUCCACCAGCUUAUACUCGUGCAACGAAGCUUGGCAUAGAAAAUGUUACUAAGAAGAAGAGAGUUGGUGGUCAACUUGCUAAAAAGAUUAGCAAGAAGAAGAUUGCUACUCCUUCUGGUUCUGAGAAGCUUGGGGGAAGUGAUGAAGAUAUGGGUCAGGAGACUCUUAGUCAACUGGCUCAUGAUGAAGAGGUGAGGAUGAUUAGUUUAGUUUUUAAUUCUAGUGGGUUGAAUCCACCGACGUUGACUCCGCUUGGUGAUUAUUUCCAGAAUUUGGAGGCCAAUGUUCAUUCUAAUGUUAAUUUGGGCAAAGCUACUUUGUCUUUGUCUCAAGUUAAUGUUGGCGAAGAUACUUUGCCUUCUCCGGUUAUUCCUGUUCAUUCUCAUGUUGUUGCUAUUGCUACUGCUGCAACUGCGACUAUAGAGUCGCAAGAAGAAGGGACUGCAGGAGAUAUUGGUGCUACUCUUCACGUUGCCUCUCCUCCCCAAGUUGUGAUGCAAGAUACCGAUUUGGGAGGUGCGCCUAUGGAGACUGAUGCUCCAAAAGUUAAGGCUCAUAAGGGUAAGGGUACUACUACUGUUACCCUUGAUUUUGAUGAUUCUGAUGAUGAUAUAUUUGACGAAGAGGCUGAGCAUGCUCGGGCUACUCGUCUUACUAAGUCUACUAUUGAUGUGAACAUUGGUGAAAAAGUUGCAUGUCAACUUGAAAGGGUGUUUCCACAGAGGAAUUUUUUUCCUGCUCCUUCAUCUCAGAAGGAGACAACUAUUGAUAUUGGGAAGAUGAAGGAUGUGGCUCAGGAGCCUACUACUCCUGUUGAAGCCUUGGAAACAAUUCCUGGUGGAGUUGACCCUAAGGCAUACAAGAGACUUCGCAUUAUGCCAAAGAAGUCAGAGUUAAAGCUGUCAAAGUAUAUUGAUGAUGCCUUCGCAGUUCCUGACACUGAUGCUCAACUUGCUGGGAAAUCUUCCCUUGAGUUAGCAAAUGCGAGUGUUACCAUGAUUUACAAGGAGUGUAUAUUUUUGUCUGAUUUCAGUGCCCUUUUGCAAAGGAGUUUACAUAAAUCUAUUGAAGAAGAAGCGAAAAAUGCAACACUUCGUGAAAAAGGUUUGCUUGAAGAGAUUAAGUCUUUGAAAUCUCAGCUUGCUGCUAAAGUAAAGGAAAGAGUAGAGACAGUUGAAGCUCUCUAUGAUAUGGAGUCAAGGUGUAUCUCUGUUGGGGCUAGGCUUGAGACAAAGACUAAAGAUUUUGAUAAUUUGAAGAAAGAUUAUGAUAAGAUUGUGAAAGAGAAAAAUUACCUUGAGAAGAAGUCUGCUGAGAAGGAUCAAAAUUUUCAUGACAAAUGUAAUCGCCUAUGGAAGCUUUGUAGGAAUUGCUAUGACAAGUUUGGUGCGAAGCCAGAAGAUCCUUGCUAG